AACAAUGGCCACCGGAACUAUCAAAAGACUCACUGCCACCCUCAAACCAACCGUUAUCUCUGCCACUAUCAUCCGCCGCAAAACCACCUCAGCAGAAUAUGUAGCCUCCAGAGCUCGAGACCCGACUUUCGAAAAGCUCAUGGACAAGUACAAAAACCUCCUCAAAGUCAUCUCCAUCCAAGACCUCAUCCUCGCCACCGCCACUCCCACUUCAGAAUCAAACAACCCUCCCUCCGUUCCCCUCGGCUUUCUCAACCGCCUGUCCCAGAAACUCCAUCUCAACCGCGGCGCCACCGCCUUCCUACGCAAAUACCCGCACAUUUUCCACAUUUUCAACCACCCCACCAAAUUUGAACCCUUUUUCACCCUCCAGUUGGCUGCCCUGGAAAUCUUUGAUCAUGAAUCACAAGCGAUCAAUGCUUCAAUCCCACUUGUGGUUGACAGAUUGGUGCGGCUUCUGUCGAUUUCUCCCACCAAGACACUACCUUUGAGGGCCAUUUUCAAAGUAUGGAAAGAGCUUGGACUGCCUGACGACUUUGAGAGCUCGAUAAUUGCGAAAAACCCGAAUCUGUUUGCUCUUGAUGAUGGCAAUGAACCUAAUACUCAUGUUUUAAAGCUAGUUAGCGAGGUAGAUAAGAGUAGUUUAAUUGCUUCUGUUGAGGAUUGGAGAUUAACGGAGUGUUGCAGAGAGGAUUGUGAUGUGGAUAGAACCGUGAUUCGGUAUAGUUUUAAGCAUAACUAUCCUCCAGGGAUGAGGUUGAGGAAGAUUUUUAAGGCUAAGGUUAACGAGUGGCAGAGUUUGCCUUAUAUUGGCCCGUAUGAGGAGAUGCCGAUUGAGGGGACGAGGAGGAGUAAAUUUGGGAUGAAGAAAAUGGAGAAGCGGGCUGCUGGGAUUGUUCAUGAGUUUUUGAGUUUGACUGUGGAGAAGAUGGUGGAGGUUGAGAAGAUUAGUCAGUUUAGGAAGUGGUUUGGGAUUGAUUUGAAUAUCCGGGAUUUGUUUUUGGAUCAUCCAGGGAUGUUUUAUUUGUCGACGAAAGGGAAGAGGCACACGGUGUUUCUACGAGAGGCUUAUGAAAGAGGAUGCUUGAUACAGCCGAACCCUGUUUAUGAGGCAAGGAGGAAACUUCUUAAUCUUGUUAACAUGGGACGCCGUGGAAUGUUAAGAAGGAAUGCUAAGUUGAAGAAUGUGGGUCAGAGUGAAGGGGAUGGAUUGGAAGAGGUGGAGAAUUAUGAAGAUGAGGAACUAGAAGAGGCAGAGAGUAAUGAAGAUGAGGAACUAGAAGAGGCAGAGAGUAAUGAAGAGGAUUAGUUCAGGUAAUUGUCAUUUGGAUGCUGAAAUCAAGGAUUUGAGACAUAGGAUAACAAAAGCCAAGAUGUGUGAAACAUAAACGUCAUCUUUUUAAUGUGGCUCUAUGAGGAACAUCUCAUCCUCAGUCGAACUGGGAGGAACCAGCUAAGAGCAAUUGACUCCUUAAUGUGAUUGCAACAUCAGUCCUGAAUUCACGAGGUGAAUAGCUUGAUGCAUACUGCUGAAAUGACUUUUGAACCAGAAAAGGUUCCUAAAAUUAAAAAGCUCAAGGAAAAGCACGAUGUCCAAGACCAAAAAAACUCUUUGGUAUAUCUGAUUCAAGUGAUAAAGAGGCUAUGGAGAAGAUGCCGUAAUCUAAGGGCAAAAUGACAAUGGAGCCAUCUGGAAUUUUGCAUCAUUUGCUGAAGGUAGUACAUGCUGCUCCGAUGAUAAAUUCUGAUACUUUGAACGCUCAAAGUGGGAGUUUUGAUCGUUUGCCAACUAAUGCUGGGAAAGGGAGUGACAGUUUUGCCUCCACAGGGAAUAGGAUGAUGCAAAAUGUUGUUUUGACCAAACAAGUAAUAGAGUUUGCAUUACCCUUAGAGAACUCCAAAAUUGAAUCAUUGCUGGCAACUGCGAAGAGUGUGUGAUGCAUAAAAGCUGAAGACAGUCAGUCUAGUGAUGAGGAGAAUAGCAAAUUUGGAGGUUCAUUGACUGAAAAUGCCACUGAACUACGUACUAAAAGUAUAGACUUGAACAAGGAAAACCACAGUGGUCUUAGUAAGCUUGAUACUAUUUUAUGUCAGUUUAUAAAAUAGUUUGUAAAUCAGGAAAUAUGAUCUUUGUACGUGUUGAAGUUAGGUGCUAUGAACGAUCUCAGUGGUGUCGCGGAAGUGGAUGGUGGUACAAUCAUCAAGCAUAUUCACUGCUGUCCAGUGGAAAAGGUAAUUGCAUUUUUAGUUCUAGAGAUGUAUAAAGAUGUGCCCUGAUUUCAGCAUCAUUUUUCUGAGCUCUUGUUAAAAAUGUUAGUGAAUGUUAGCUCAUUUACAUGAAGGUUAAUGUAGCAUGUGAUCCUUAUGGGCAAAUUAAGCCCCAUUAAUAUGAUUUGUUGUUGUACCUAUUUUCAUCACUUGGAAAGUA